AAUCACUUUGGCAUAGCACAAACGCAUCUCGUAAUCGAUCAUAAGCCAUAUGCCCUUUCCUCCGUCUCCUCCCCAGAUCUCCACCAAAGCAGCCGAGCGAUGGCUGUACCUGUACAGUUGGAGCUGGCGGCGGCGAGGCCAUUGCUGAAUGCCACCGUGGGGUAUCUUGCUUCCGAGAUCCAGGGGAGAUACAAUCUGUGGAAGAGCGUUGAGGACGAGUGCGAAUCCUUGAAGGGCGCGGUUGUUCUGCUUGCCUCCGUCAUGGAUGAUGAUGUCUGUGAUUGUAAACAUGACCAUCGUCGUUCUGUAGCCUUGAGGGCAACAUUCACUGAGCAGAUGCGCGAACUGGCGCAUGAUAUUGAGGAUUGCAUAGAGCGCUUCCUGCAUCGAGUUACCUGCAAGGAGGGUGCAUCGUGGGCUUAUCGGGCAUUUCACCGUGUGAGGAUAUAUCCCACCCGUCACAAGUUCGCCUCCAAGAUGAAGCAGCUCAAGAUGCGCUGGGAGAAAACAACCAGGCAGAUACAGAUAUUCAAUCCUCCUAGUGCAGGUGGCGGCCAAUCAUCCGCCCCCGCCACCACAUCACCAGCAGAAUCAGUCCUCGAUGACCCUGUGGGCAUCGAGGAGGCCAAGAAGGAGCUUCUGGCGCUGCUCGUUGAGCCGAUUCAGUCGAUGGUGAUUGCCAUCGUCGGAUUUGGUGGCUCCGGGAAGACGACUCUCGCGGAGGCAGUCUACAACAGCGUCGACAAGCGAAAACUAGACCACGCUUUGGUUUCCGCACGCUCGCUGGACGGCAAUGGGAUCUUGAGAGAGAUCCACCAGAAGGCUUUUCCGGAUUCCGCAACAUCUCUCAAAGAGUCCAUCGCGGGCCUCGCGGCCGAAGACAAGAGGUAUUUAAUCGUUAUUGAUGACAUUACUGCGGAGCAUAUACAGAGCUGGAGUACUAUAUGGAAUACCUUGAAAGGUGGCGGAACAAUUAUAGUGACCACAGCUGUUCUGACCAUUGCCAAUACAUGCAUCAAUAAUCCCCGCCAAGAAAAUAUAUGCAGCCUUGGUUACGUGUACAGAAUGAGAACUCUAGGAGAAGAAGAUUCCAAGAAAAUGGCUUUCCGAGGGAGAUGGACGACUGAAUUAGAGCGCGACUCUCCAGUACUCCUGAAGAAGUGUGAUGGUCUUCCACUUGCUCUUACUAGUGUGGCGAAUAAAUUCAGUAGUUUACCUGAACCGACGGGGCGAUCCUGCCAGGAUUUGUCAGCGCAACUCGGUGAAUAUGUGGAACAUGAAGAUGAUAAGGAACCUCACUUUGCAAGGCUUAGAGGUGUGCUUAUGGAUAACUACACCAGUCUGUCUGAUUACACUGCCAGGACAUGUUUACUGUAUCUUGGUAUAUGGCCAGUCGAUCGUCCCUUGAGGAGGAGUGUCAUAAUCAGGCGAUGGUUGGCUGAAGGAUAUGCGAGAGGCAGUCCUCCCGUCACAGACUUAAUGAUGGCUGAUACAAAUCUGCAGACCUUUAUUAAUCGCAGUAUCAUUCGGCCAGUGUAUCCAACCAAUAAUGAAACAGAUAAGGUAUGCAAAACUAUUGGUAUCAUGCAUGUGUUCAUGUUGCACAAGUCCAUGUCUAGGAAAUUCAUCAUGCCCUUUGGUUCCGAGGACAAGAAAGUGCGUCACCUCUUUGUGGAUGACAAAAAUGUUACAAAUUUGGGAAAUACUUCCAGCCCGGACCUAUCCUCUGUCCGCUCUCUGACAGUCUGGGGAAAUGCAGGUGAUGCCAUCGCUGAUUUUCGCAAGUAUAAAGUGAUGAGGGUGCUAGACCUAGAAGGAUGUAUUGAUGUGAAUGAUGGUCAUCUGAAAAACAUAUGUAAGCUGUGGAAUUUGAGAUAUCUAAGCCUAGGGCCCAAUGUCGCUAGUCUCCCAAAGGAAAUUGCACAGCUUAAAUUGCUGGAGACACUUGAUGUAAGCAAAUCAAAUGUGGACGUGCUGCCAGUGGAAGUCAUCGGGUUGCCCUGUUUACUUAACCUGAUUGGAAAUGUCAAGCUUCCGGAUCCAGCUGGGACAGAGAGUAGUGAAAAUGAGGAACGGUCCAAAGAAUCUAAGCUCGAGACGCUGGCAGGUUUUGUCGCCGACGGACGACAGGGGUUUCUCGAAUUUAUGGUCCAUAUGAAAAGGUUGAAAAAGGUUAAGAUAUGGUGCGAAGAUGUUGAUCAACUCUGGCCCCUGCUGAAUGUUCAUCUUGUUGAGGCCAUUGAAGAGUACACUAAAGCUCCUAUUCACUAUCAGCAAACUCGCUCCCUGUCGAUUGACUUUCCAAGUUCCUUGCAUGCUCUGGGGGAUAUGCAUAAUCGGAACCUGCGUUCAGAGACUAAAUAUUAUCUCACAACUCUGAAGCUACGUGGCAGCCCAGCCGCACUGCCUGAAUUCGUUAGCCUGUUCCCUUAUGUCAGUGAGUUAUGCCUUUCGCCAACUAAUGUGACACGGAAACUUCCGCGUGUCCUGAGUAAGAUGCAGUGCUUGCUUUACCUCAAAUUGAUCUUCAGUAACGUUGACCAUUUUGUCAUAGAAGCUGGUGAUUUCCUGAGCCUUCGGCGCCUACGUUUUGAAUGGCACCGUACGGGUCUGAUUCUCCCAACAAUUGAAGAUGGAGCUCUGCCGGAUCUUGUGUCGUUUCAGCUGAUCUGCAGGCACUUGGUUGGUCUUUCUGGCAUCGAAAUCGCACACCUCAAACAGCUUAAGGAUAUCGCUCUUCAUCGUGACGUGGCUCCAGAAACAAGAGAAAAAUGGGAAGAAGCGGCAAGGAAACACCCUAGGAGGCCCAACGUUUGGACUAUCACAAGGGUUGGUGAUACAAGAGAUGAGGAUCCCACUGUGGCUAGAGAGGAAUCAGCAACUGAUCAGGCUGGCACCCAGGUAGUUGCGGGGGGAUCAUCAGUUACCCCGGAGGAAGAAGCACUUGAUCAGAAUGGCAUCGUUUUGACUAUCGCAUGUGUUGGCGAUACUACAAGAAAUGAGAAUCCCACGGUGGCUAAAGAGGAAUCAGCAAUUGAUCAGGCUGUAGUUGAGCAGGGAUCAUCAGUUGCUCCAGAGGAAGAAGCACUUGAUCAGAAAGGUAUCCAACAGCAGAUAGUUGACGAGGAACCUUCUGAAGUACCCAGUUCCAGUUCGAGCGGCUCGGGACAUACUGGUGAAAGGGGUGAUGCCAGCCCAACACAUUGUAUCUCUGCAGACAUCCCAGUUGUGCGACAGGAGACACAGCUUAAGGAUGGCCUGCAACAUCAAAAAAUUAAAACAGAUUGACUGUUGAGGCGGCAUCCAAAAGUCUUCCUUUUGCACUCGCAGGGCCGAAGUUGCUAUGGAGACCGCCCCAGAAGUUCCAAAAAUAAACGUUCGCAGGCGAUUUAUCUUCAGUUUUAUUAUAUGUGAGUCAGACAAUGGGAUGUACUACAGUUGUUUGGUACAAGAUUUAAGGUGGUGUUGCUUUACAAAUUUCAGAGUGCCUUCCCAUUUCCUAAAAUAAGUGUCCUGACAUUUUAUUUCAAGAACUGCUUUGGUGAGUUGUGCCCAGGGUUCAGUUUAGCUAUCCAAUGUUGUUGAUGUUCUGAUUGAAUUAUUGUGUCAAACAAUUUCUUGUGCUGGUU